AAAAGUUUAGAUGUCUCAAGUAACCAACUCGUGCGUAUUUUAGUAGCAGUAGCAGAACUAACUCGUAACUGUUACUUGUCCUGGCCUGAGACUUGAGAGUAGACGUGUAGCUCAACGAGUAGAUAGUAGCGUUGUAACUUGUAUGGUUGGUUGUGUCAGUGAUUUGUUGGAGUGACCUGGCAUUGGAGCGGAAACACCAGUGGCAUGCAGUGCUGCUGCUGCUGCUCUAUCAUUCAGCACUCGAGAGUAUUUUAGCUGCGUGCACAAUCAAAGUUUGACAAACUCCCGGCUUGCCCUGCUCGAGGCGAGCGAGCUCCCCAGAUCUGUGCCAGAGAGGCGAUCCGCUAGGCAGCAGCAGCAGCAGCAGAGGUCAACACCAGUGUGCGCUGGGUUAGUUGUUACCUUUCCAGCACAACUCUUAGUAGACCCCAGGAUUCGACGAUUGUUUGCCACUGGCGAUUAUAAUAUCGUGCGCUUGAAUAGAAGAGUGCUGGUGAGAUUCCCAAUAGAGAUGUCGACAGCAGAGGGCCAGCAGUCCAAAGAUGGCACUGCAACGAAAGGCGCAGCCACUGGCCAAGGCUUGCCGCUCGGCCAGGAGGGCUAUUUGGACAAGGAGUCGAAGAACAGCAAGUGGAAUCGGCGCUACUUCGUCCUGGAACAUGCCUGCCUACGUUACUAUAAGGACAAACCAGCGAACCUUCCUGAGGAAGAGCGGCAAAGUCGUGGAGAAAUUCGCCUAAAGAGGGUGCUAGGUGUCGAUACAACGACAGUCAAGGAUCAUCGAUCAUGUUUAGAAAUCCAAACCGUCGGUGGGCCAAUCUAUCUGGCUGCAUACUCGGACGAGGAGCGGUCAAAGUGGAUCGACCAGAUCAGACUUGCCUGUCGGCGCUUGACUAUGCAAUCCUCAGCCAGCACUGAUCCAGUUAUGCAGCAUGGUGUAGAAAGUCUCAGCUUGCAAGACAGAUCAAGUUGUUCGGCAACGGCCCCUAGCAAGACUGACACUACCUCAGGAACGAAAACGCAUGUAGUCGCUGGGGUGGUGGUACGACUGCCCAUGAAGUCGGAUGGCGAUGGCUCUGCCCCUCCGGAAAGAACAAGCGACACUGAUGUCUCCCAUCCUGACCGUGUGAUGUCUCUAGGCAGCAGUACGUUAGGUGCCAACGCUCCGCCACAGCAGGGAAUGAGCAGCGCUACCAGUGGCUCGUCCCUUGGUGUCGGCCAUCGGCGUGAGGGAGGGCGAGUGGUGAAGAGCGGGUAUUGCGUCAAGCAGGGACACGUUAGGAAGAACUGGAAAAAGCGCUUUUUCCUGCUUGACCCGUUUGGUUUCGCAUACUACUCGUCGGAAACGGAUAAAGAACCCAUCAGGAACAUUGCCAUCACGGAAAUACUGGCAGUGAACGAAUGCACCAGUUUCAGUAGCAGAGGCAACGUCUUCCAGCUGGUAACAAAUGGUUGCAUAUACUAUAUCCAGGCACCGACUGAGAGGGACAUGCGGGAGUGGAUAGCCGCAGUUCAGGGCGAACUGCACGGAGUGACGAAAAGUCCCGAGAAAGGCAACCGCAGGUCAUUGAGAAUGUGAGCCGUCUGUGCCAAGAAGGCGUGCAGAUGCUAGGCCUUGCACAAUGCGUGGGUUCAGAGGCGGCGCAUGGCAGCCACGCCAGUGUGUUGCCAUCACUCCUGCUCCACAGCAUGCACAUGGCCGGGUGUAACGUCACCGCAUAUGUUCUACGAGCCACGCAACUACAAUGCAUGGAGUCUUGAGUAGUGGAGUACACAUGCGGCGGCUUUCGACGUGGCCCGGAACUUGUCCAAUCAUGCCUGGCAUCUACGACGCGCACAGACUACCUCGAUGCACUGCAACACUUGCGUGGAUAGCAUGCAAGUGGUUAUAAGCACACAUAAUGACAAUUGUCCGAACUUGAACCCAGCUAUUUCAUUAGUAUUUACAUCGUCUUAAGUGUUCCACCUGUCCACUCUGCGACUGAUGUGUGUUUGCAUUCGUUGCUGAGUGAGCUAGCCAACCGGAACCGUUUCCAAUUUUGACCCUGCCAGUAGGCAAUGGGAUAUCUGUAACUGGUGGCAAGUAUGCGUGCGUGUUUCUGCCAUUAGACACCCUUAGCAAACAACGGUAACGCUAUUUUUUACGGUACUCGUACCUUGAUCACCCAAAUAGCGUUGAAGCUGCAGCGUAUAAACGUUAUGGGGGCUGAUUUAUCGUUGUGACCAACGGUACGUGUUUUGGCCAAAUAUUGCAUAGUCCGUACGCAUUUCACCUUGUAUCGCGUAUAUGGUGACAAAAAUGGUUGUACCGCGCGAAAUCAAAGCUACUCUCGUGGCAACAGCGUACUAAAAAUAGCGUGCAUCUUGCUAAAGGUCGAACCCAAAUCACGGUAUUUUCCCCCUUACGAUAAUACCGUUACAACAUAACGUUUUUUGCUAAGGGUGUCUAAUAUCUGCUCCUAUCCCCUUUAGGGCAGUUUGGCACUAGCGUGCCACUGCUAGUUUGAAGGACUUUGCUCGCCACCGAUUUCCUUUGGGCACGGCCCAUUUUCGAAUUUCUACUCAUUCCCUGUAUUAUAGCAUACAUACUAUUACAAUUUGUGUAUCCAAUCUCUAUUAUUACUCAACUAGGCUCCACACACAGAUAUUUGUAGAGUGUGCCCCUGUUCAAUUCUGCCGCAGUGUCCCCCUGCGCACUUACCCAAAGAAUUUCCACGAGUGAAAGAUGUCCCAUUUGCAAGAAAGCUGCUGCUAUUCUCUGAUUAUUUCCUUUGCUACCGCCCACUGUUUCCAGGACAUACAGGGCGGAAUGCCCAGACAAGUCUUUGAUAGAACUUUGACAGUGGCUGGCUGUCCUUGGGCCUGUACUCUGCAGGUAACCCAA